AUGCCUGCCUGCCUGCCUGCCUGCAUCGCACGCCGUCAUGUCAUUCUGCUCGUCGCCUGCCGUCUUCACUCCCUUGGGACUCGAGACAAGAGACAAGCCUAUCCAGAAGCGACCAGCAUUCUUCGCCCGCCGUUCACACUCAGCUCGUGGAAAAUGCAGUCUGUCGUCGUCUUGGCUGCAGCCCUGCUUGCGACAACCUUGGCCAUCACUUACCAACGCCUUCCACUCUAUCGUUGUAUCCUAGGAAGUUUGGAACAAGGCCCCGUGGACUACGAUUCAAUCACGUCUGACUGCGAUGGAAGGGAACCAACUGAAAUAACGCCCUAUGGGGCCUCCUUGAUCGCUGAUCAGGAUCAGGGUUCUACUGCUCUCUACCGUUGCACCCUGAGUACCAGCUACUUCCUGGAUAGCACCGACUCCAACUGCGAAAACAAUAUUAACGCCUACAGGAGAAUUUUUCUGGGCUACAUUUACACGUCCCAGGUUGCCGACUCCACUGCGCUAUAUCGCUGCGUCAGCAAGUACGGCGCUACUUUUCAGUCUCUAGAUUCCGGCUGCGAAGGAGGAUCUACGGAAGGAAGAACGACGCUUGGUUACUUGCUGCUUGAUGUGCAGGUGCCGUACUGCGAUGAAAUCUAG